AUGUCUGGCUUCGAGGUUGCCGGUGUUAUUCUGGCCCUGCUGCCCCUGGCCAUCAAGGCCGCCCGAGCCUAUGCCGACAUCCUCUCCUCAAACAGGACUGCCAAGUACGAGCUUACCAAGCUCAUUCAGGACCUGGAAACGGAAGAGGCGUGUCUACAGAAUACAUGCGAGCUUCUGCUCAUGGGGAUUGUUCCACACAAUGCCCCAUUCAACGAGAAAAUGCGCCUACGUCUAUGGCACACGCAUGCCAGCUUUGUGAAGCAUAUAGACGAGAUGCUAGCGGCGACAAAGGAGCUUCAUAAGAAGCUCUGUGUGACGGCAGAUGGCGAGCCGAAGUUCAUGGAUCCGAUUACAAUUCUCCGCGAGCUUAAAAAGAGAUCAGCCUUCACACUGAAAAAGAGAGAUUACGAUACCGUGUUAGACAGGAUAAAAGCGGCAAAUUCAGUGCUCGAGAGGCUUGCUACCCAAAGCCGCCAACUUGAGCCUGACCGCAAGCACCGCUCUCAAGCACGCGUCACCCGCCUUGUCCGGAAUCUGGCCCGUGGUCUAUUCAGUGCACUGCACGGAGCCGCAACAUGCCGGUGUGCUCCAAAUACACAAAUACACAGAACUCGUUGGUCUCAAACUGUGCGCUUCAAAAUAGAAAAGAAGCCGACCGUAUCGACAACUCAGGCGUCUUCGGACUGUCCUCCCCGGAUCGUCAUCAGCCAGACGACGGCGCCAGCACGCGGAGCUCCACGUACGAUAACCAAUCUCUGCCGAUUCGUGAUGAAAGAACACCGAACCGCCGUGCCAGACUGCUGCGGAUACAUUGCUGAUAAUAUCGACGGCCGCAAGUUCGGGCUAUACCCACGACUGCUCCAGCAAAAACAGGGACCAAACCACCUGCGGGUCAUUACCCUUCGCCAAGUCCUAGAGGACGGCUGGCAACACCCUCGGCCCUUUUGUUUCCUGGAUAAGUUUGAAGUCGCCCUAGCCCUGUCGGUCGGCGUCCUUCACCUCUUUGACACGCCGUGGCUAGGGCGCGUCAUCACGCUUGACGACGUCGUCUUUGUCCAGGAGGCGGGAGAGGGAGCCGCCAACCGUAUGGGAACCGCCGCGGCACCCGCCGUCGGGUCAAAACCUGUUUGUGCCAGUCCAUAUCGACCUUUUGUUCUCAAGAAGCUCCUUGUCGAGACACUGGUGAACCCCUCCCUAACCACACGAGCCCCCGAAACCAACGUCAACACUGACGCUCGCGUUGCGAAUCUCGCGAUACUAUCUCUGGGAAUCCUGCUCAUCCAGGUCAUCAUUGGCAAGACGGUCAAGGCGUUGGGCCUGUCAGAGAAUCUGGACUCGAGUGCCCUCCUUUCCAAGUGCACAAUGGGUGCGGAACUGUUGGGCCAGGUCCGUGGGAGUGCCGGUACAAACUAUGAGAUGGCUGUGAAUUGGUGUCUCAGCAACGCCUUCAAGGUUGCUAAUCUGAAAAAGGAUAAGUUCUGCAACGAAUACUACGCCGAGGUUGUGGCAAGGUUGGAGUCAGACCUGGAGCUGCUCGCUGAUGACUGAGCUUUUGAUGAUGUUGGAAUUACCUUUACCUUACCCUUACCGAGGUACUGUGCGGAUACAAUACAAGAGGUACCUAAGCCGCUCAAAGGACUGUGAAUGUACACGUAGCGUGCACCGAGAUUAGGACAAUGUUCCUAUUACAGCCU